AUGGAUGGCGACCUCCUCGGGGAGAUCAUGUGGCCGCUGAUAGGAAGCCAGCUGCUACUGUGGAGCUCAUCGUCGUCACUAUCGCUCCCAGCCGAAGACUUAUCCCCAACCGUAAUUCUCAAUCCCCUUCCUCCAACGCGGCCGCCGGCCUCCAUCCCCGUCCCCGACGAGCUCCUGGAGGAGAUCCUCCUCCGCCUGCCCACCCCGGACGCGCUCUCCCGCGCCUCCGCCGCAUGCACCACCUUCCGCCGCGUCAUUAAAGGCCGCGCCUUUCGCCGCCGCUUCCGCGGGCUGCACCGGCCUCCCCUCCUCGGCUUCAUGGACGCGGUGGGAUUCCACCCCGCCCAGGCGCCGCACCCAUCCGCCGAGCUCGCCAGCGCCCUCGCCCCCUGCGCCGCCGAUUUAUCCUUCGUCCCGGUCCCGGCCGUCGCUUCUUCCUCCUCCUCCAGUGCCCCGCCGGAUGCCGAAGCCGCCGGGCGUCCUCCGCGCCGUCGCCGGACGUCCCGCUGGCGCCCCCGCGACGUCCGCGACGGCCGCGUCCUCCUCGAUUGGAUCUCCCUCGACUCUGAAGCCGACUCCGAAGAAAGCAUUCUCUUGGAAGACGACGACUCCGAAGAAGACUCUGAGGAGCUCGGUGACGGCGAGGAUGGUCCCUGCCUCGCGUGGACCAAACGGGAGCGACGCAACACCGCCAGGUUCCACCUCGCCGUCUGCCAUCCCUUAUCCCGCAGAUACGUGCUGCUUCCAACCAUACCGGAGGACCUCGCCGCCCAGCCGCGGGAUCGCCUUUUGGCAUUCGAUCCCGUGCUCGCUCCUGCCACCGGUGACGACGGCGAGGAGGAGCCCUUCAAGGUGAUAUGCUUUGCAAGAUACCAGACAAAGCUCCUCCUCUUUGUCUUUUCAUCCACAGCUAGUGAUAGUGAACAAUGGUCUAUGGUCGAUUCUCCCUUCGCACCUGUUUUGGAACACACGUCCUGUUUUGACUGUGUGCGUGGCUGCUUCUACUGGUCGCAACCUUGGGAGUUAGAUGAUGAUUUGAGGGUGCUGGACACGCGCACUUUGAGGUUUUCAACCGUCAAUAUUCUCACCGGGUACCAUCUGCAGCUCAGAGAUGUUGAUCCAACCAUUGAGUUCUUUACCGACUCGCGUCGAAAUGCAGUUGUUGUCGGUAGGGAAGGAGUCAUUGAGAUGUUUUCUUUAAUCCGUCAGAACGGGUCCUUUGCCCUCCACCAUACCUCUCUGCAGGAUAAUUCUCAUGAAUGGAAUCUGGAGAAGAUCGUACAGCUACCUGAGCAGUAUCAUGAAUGUACCAUUUCCACAGUGGGUGCGGCCGAGGGGCUCUUGUUCUUCCAAGGCGCUCCACUUGGCAGUGGGUUUAAGAAUCUCGAUUGUUACUCGAUGGACAUCAAGACUUAUGAAAUUACCAAGGUCUGUACAAAGAUGGAGAGCUUCUUCAAGCGCAAACGUGUUCUCCCCUACUUUAGCUUCCCACGGCUGUUAUCAGAACCAGCUAUUUGAUCAACUGAUCUGAGCUUGCUCUCUAGUUGCUCUGGUCUUGCUUGGGCCAUACACCUGGAGUUGGAUGGCGGAUGUUCAAGAUGGUGCUGAUGCAGUUUGAUAUGUCUGUAUCGAGAGUCGUAUGUAUGUAUGUAAACUCGUCCUGAUGUUUGUGUUGGGAGAUUGGCUGCCAGGUUAUGUUAUCUGAGAGUACUAGCUCUUCUCUGUAUGAGUGCAUAAGUUAGGUAAUUUCUUCUAUUAAGAUGCUUCUGAUGAGUUCAUCUAUAAUGUCAUGUGCGCCAUCUGGUCCUC